CCACAGUAGUAAUAAACUCAAUGGACUAAAUCUAGAACAGAGGAAAGAAAAAGAGUCGUAUUAAUUGGUAUAAGGUCUUGUAACGCAAGUAUACUUCGAAAGUAGUGAUAAAUAAUAAAUGUAUUCGACGAAUGAAAAGUCUUUAGUUGUGUGGUGCAAUGACAUAACGAAAUCGAUCGGUUAAAGGAAAAGAAAAUGUGUUUUAUUGGUGAAAGAGUUACUCCCGGUCGAUAAAGCGAUUUUCUCGCGAAGCUUCUGGUAUCUUAAAAAAUUUCGAGUCGCUAGGUUGGCUCUCCCGUUUACUUGAAGCCUGAAAGCAGUCACUGCAUUGUGGCGAUUGAAUGGCCGCCUCGUCCAGAGUGUGCAGGUUCUGUUUUCCUGUAAUUACUUUUACGUUGUGUGAUUAUAUUGUACUCGUCUCAAAUAUUGCCAAUCUGAUUUCAUUCGGUAAGUCUUUAAGUAUAUCUUGAUUAUCGCUUAACGACGCAACCCAAGCAAGUCAGCCGCAUAACAGCUCAAUACGUCGAUCGCAUCGAAACGUGCUCAUAAAAUUACGGAUUGUCAACAUAACAGCAAAGACCAUAGCACAGCUGUAAAUUUGAAAUGGAAAAAAGCGCGGACGGCCCAUUGUUUCGCGCAGAUAGAAAUAAUGGAGCUGAUGAGGGGGCCAUUGGAAUAUCCUGCAUCGAUGAACGUGUUGCUAUCUUGGAUGCAGGUGCACAAUACGGCAAAGUGAUAGAUCGAAAGGUUCAUGAGCUUAAUAUUCAUAGUGAUAUUUUGCCUCUGGACACACCAGCUAUCACUCUUCAGGAAAAAGGAUAUAAAGCUAUUAUUAUCUCUGGUGGACCUAGUUCAGUAUAUGCAGAAGAUGCACCCAGAUAUGAUGCAGAUAUUUUCCGAAUAGGAAUUCCUGUAUUAGGAAUAUGUUAUGGAAUGCAAAUGAUGAAUAAAGAAUUUGGGGGUAUUAUUGUAAGAAAAUCAGGACGUGAAGAUGGUCAAUAUUCCAUUGAAAUAGAUACCAAGUGCCUUUUAUUUAAGGGCUUGGAGAAAGAACAAAUGGUAUUGCUAACGCAUGGAGACAGUAUAGACAGGAUUGCAGACUGUUUUCGUAUUACUGCCAAAUCAUCAAACUUUAUUGUAGGCAUAGCCAGUGAUAAAAUGAAUUUAUACGGAGUGCAAUUUCAUCCGGAAGUAGACCUAACGCCUAAUGGAAAAAUAAUGCUGCACAAUUUUCUUUACGGAAUAGCUGGUCUUACGGGUAAUUAUACGCUUCGUGAUAGGGAAGCACAAUGUAUUCAGUAUAUCAGACACGCUGUUGAUAAUAAGAAAGUUUUGUUGUUGGUGAGCGGAGGCGUGGAUUCGACGGUAUGUGCAGUGCUAUUGAACAAGGCACUCAGUAAAGAUCAAGUUAUCGCGCUGCAUAUCAACAAUGGCUUCAUGCGCAAAGGAGAAACGCAAUUCGUGGAACAGAGUUUGUCCCAAUUAGGAAUCAGAUUGAGGGUAGUAAACGCUGCACAUUGUUUCAUGCAAGGCACUACCUCAGUUCCUUUGGAUAACAUUAAUCCAGCCUUGAAUGCAAACACUAUAAACAGCAAAGGAAUUGUUAGUACGGGAACUACUCCGCGAACAAGACUAACAAAAAUGUUGUGCGCGACAACCAAUCCAGAAGAAAAGCGAAAAAUUAUUGGGGACGUUUUUGUAAGGGUAGCCAAUGAAGCAAUUGCAGAAUUAGGUUUGAAACCUGAAGAAGUAAUCCUUGGACAGGGCACUCUCAGGCCUGACCUCAUAGAGAGUGCAAAUGCCAUGGCGAGUGGUAAAGCUGAUGCUAUAAAGACGCAUCACAACGAUAGCGAUCUUGUGAGAGCAUUGAGAGCACGAGGUCAUGUAGUAGAACCUCUAAAAGAUUUUCAUAAGGACGAAGUAAGACAAUUGGGAUGCGAUCUUGAAAUACCAGCGUUACUUGUUUCUCGUCAUCCAUUCCCAGGGCCUGGCCUUGCCAUUCGCAUUCUUUGUGCUGAUGAACCGUAUAUGGACAAAGAUUUCUCAGAAACCCAGGUAAUAGUUAAAAUAAUGGCGGAAUAUGAACAAAUGCUACAGAAAAAGCAUGCAUUAUUAAAUCGCGUAGAAGGUACGACAAACGAAACAGAACGUCAACAACUUCGAAGAGUUUCUAGCCGUCGUCAUAUCGCUGCUACACUUUUGCCUAUUCGUAGCGUAGGAGUUCAGGGAGACUGUAGAUCUUAUAGCUAUGUAGUAGGAUUAUCAAGUGAAGAAAGUAUCUCAGAAGGAGUGGAGUGGGAAGAUAUGUUGUUCCUUGCGAGAUUAAUUCCACGUGUGUGCCACAAUGUAAAUCGCGUAUGUUAUAUCUUUGGACCACAGCUUCAUCAUCCGGUCACAGACAUUACACAGACACAUCUUACAUCCAAUGUGAUAGCUACCUUAAGACAAGCAGAUCAUUUAGCAAAUCAGGUUUUGGCUGCAAACGGUUGCAUGGGCGUCAUCAAUCAGAUGCCUAUAGUUCUAAUUCCUAUACAUUUCGAUCGCGAUGCCGCUUCUCGAACGCCAUCGUGUCAGCGUUCGAUCGUGAUUAGGCCAUUCUGUACCAACGAUUUUAUGACAGGAACUCCUGCUAUUCCCGGAAAAGAAUUACCAAUUCACGUGGUGAAGAAAAUGGUGACUGAAAUAUCUACGGUACCCGGCAUUUCGCGCGUUCUAUAUGAUCUAACGCCUAAACCGCCGGGUACCACCGAAUGGGAAUAGUAAAUACUCGUCUCUAACUCACCCCUUUCUAUUUUUUCACCACCCCUGCGCGUACCGACUACAAAGUGAAAAAUAUAUUUAAAAAAUAUAUAUAUUACAAAAAUA